AUGGAACCGAAUUUUAAUUAUAGGUUUAAUAUCUUUCUAGUUGGUGAAUCUACUGUAGGAAAAAGUUGUAUUGCUUCAUAAGCUUCAUUAAACAAAUUCAUAGAUAAACAUGAAACAACAAUAGGAGCAGAAUAUACAACUAAAAUAAUAAAAUAUGACAAUAAAAUCUUUAAAAUUAACAUCUGGGAUGGAUCUGGUAAGAGCGAAUAUAGAAGAUUGACUUUUAUUUACAUUAAAAGAGUAUAAGGAGCUAUUUUAACUUACGAUAUUACUAAUCGUGAAAGUUUUCUUAAAAUUAGUGAUUUCAUUGAAUUAUGUAGAACAAGAGGGAAAUCUGACUUGACUUUGAUUUUAGUAGGAAAUAAGUUUGAUUUAGAAUAAAAUCGUGAAGUAAGUUAUACAGAAGGAGAAAUGUUUGCUAAAGAAUAAGGUCUUAUUUUCUAUGAGUUAAGUGCAUAUACUGCUUAUAACAUUGAAGAAUUAUUUAACAAAAUUACUGAAUUAAUUUACAUAAAAAUUCAAAAUGAAGCUUCUAAAAAUUAAGGAGAGUAGCUUAUUCUAUCUCAAUAAAAAUCGUCUAUUAUUUCGAGCAAAUGUUUUUGA